AAAAGCAAAGGAAAAAAAUUACCUAAUGACAACAAUAACAACAAAAUUUGAACCAAACAAAAAGAAUAAAAAGGCUUUGAACAAAGCAAGGCAACGCAAGGAAUCAACACAAAUCAUUGACUAAAAUCAGAUUAAAUUUAAAUAAAGAAAAAAUUCCUUUCGUAAAUCUGAGAUCCCCGCUCUUUCUUAUUUUUUUAAUUUUUAGGGACCGGCGAUGGCAUCAAUGUCACCGCCGAUACAUGACCUCCGUCAACACGAUGAAACUGCUACUCAUUUUUAUUUGGACGUUAGGUGUUUGAUUUGCAGGUUCCUCGGCUUCAUUUUUGGGACGGAGACCUUCGGAAACCACCAGCAACAGCAGUUCCCUCGGAAGCCGGAAAAUAUGGAGAGGCAGUCGUCUUUUAGCCGAGACUUCGGCCAUGCGGCCGCCGAGACUUAUCUUAUUACGCGGCUUACAUUUACUCUCCUUCGAUAUCUCGGGGUAGGCUACCGGUGGUACACAAGAUUAGUUGCCCUUGCUUGUUAUGCUUUGCUUCUUAUGCCUGGUUUUCUUCAAGUUGCGUACUGUUACUUUUUCUCGAGCCAAGUGCGACGGAGUAUUGUUUAUGGAGAUCAACCAAGGAAUAGAUUGGAUCUCUACUUGCCCACAAAUACUAAUGGCCCAAAGCCAGUUGUGGUGUUUGUGACUGGGGGAGCAUGGAUAAUUGGGUACAAGGCUUGGGGUUCUCUUCUAGGACUACAAUUGGCAGAAAGAGAUAUCAUAGUAGCAUGUGUUGAUUACAGGAACUUUCCCCAGGGAACCAUUAGUGAUAUGGUGAAAGAUGUAUCUCAAGGGAUCUCAUUUGUCUGCAAUCUCAUUGACAGAUUUGGAGGUGAUCCUAAUAGAAUCUAUUUAAUGGGGCAGUCAGCGGGUGCACAUAUUUCUGCUUGUGUUCUUUUGGAGCAAGCAAUCAAAGAAUCUAGAGGAGAAAGCACUACCUGGAGUGUCUCCCAAAUAAAAGCUUAUUUUGGCUUAUCUGGAGGGUACAAUUUAUUUAAUUUGGUCGACCAUUUUCACAAUCGAGGCCUUUAUCGUUCCAUCUUUUUAAGCAUCAUGGAAGGGGAAGAAUCCUUUGAACAAUUUUCUCCUGAAGUUAGAAUAAAAGAUCCACGCAAUAGAGAAGCUGCUUCUUUUCUUCCUCCUAUUAAACUUUUUCAUGGAACUUCAGAUUAUUCAAUACCAUCAGAUGCCAGUAUAAACCUUGUAGAAGCUCUUAAGGGGGUAGGAGCUGAGGCAGAAGUAAUUUUAUAUGAAGGAAAAUCCCAUACUGAUCUGUUUUUACAGGAUCCAUUAAGAGGAGGAAAAGAUGAUCUAUUUGAUCAUGUGGUUUCCGUCAUACAUGCUGGUGAUGAGGAAGCUCUUGCCAAGGAUGCUUCGGCACCUCCGAGGAAACGCCUCGUGCCGGAGAUUUUGUUAAGGUUGGCACGUCAUAUCAGCCCCUUUUGAUUUGUGGCCGAGAUGUUUCUUUUCUUAAGCUGGAUUUCCUCCAUAUUCAUAUUCCUUGUUGCAACCAUUGGGUUCUUUCGUUCCUAUUUAGAUAUUGUAGGAACAUCAGCCUGCCAGGAAAUAUACAGUGCAUUUUCCUUUAAAACAUAGGCAGCGUUUGGUGUCAUUUUUUAAUAUCCCCACAGUGAUUUUUAUUAUUAGGAUUAUCUUAUCACUUGUGGUUUGGAAUCAUUGAUUGAUUAUGUAAGAAUCACUGUGUUUUGUUUUAUUAAAAAUCAAAUAUUAUUUUGUUUGAA